AAACGAUUUGCUAAACACCUCAAGAAAAACGACGGGCCACGGCCCGUGGGCCACCACCACACUUGAUCUUAUUCUUAUCCGCGUCUGCCGCUUUACUCUGUCUCUGACGUGUUCAUAACUUGUAACCAAAUUCAACUGCCUUCGUACUUUGCAGACAUAUAAAGUUCAGUUUCUGCACAGCCAAAGCUGUAAACUUUGGGGGUAAUUUUUUCUUUUUUGGAAUUAUCCACUUUCGGUGCUUGAAAACGUAGAAUUAUACUCAAAACACCUUCUUCCUCAACCCAAUUGGUGAUUCGCUCUUUGAAUUCUUACGGCCCCUUAGUAAAAGAACUGAAGUUUUCAAAGUGAAGAUGGCGACCGACACUAAUACCCAAGUCUACCACGAGCGGCAAAGGCUACAAUUUUGCCUCUUACACUCGCUCAACAAUCUCUUCCAGCAAAAAGAUGUAUUUACUCGAUCAAGCUUGAAUGAGAUUGCUGAAAAACUUGUUCUUGAAGAACCCAACAACGAAACAUGGACACCCUUAUCUGUACUCUUUAAACCCCAUCAUAAUGCACUUACUGGAAACUAUGAUAUAAAUGUGCUAAUUGCUGCUUUAGAAGACAAGGGAAAGAAUGUGGUUUGGCAUGAUCGUCGUAAUGGAGCGUCUUCGAUUGAUCUAGAUGGGCCUGAAGAUGCUUUGAUGGGUAUUCUGCUUAAUGUUCCGGUUAGAAUGUUUGCCGGGCUUUGGAAAAGUAGGCAUUGGGUUUCAUUGAGGAAGAUCGACGGGGUUUGGUACAAUUUGGAUAGUGAUCUUGUUGCUCCUCAGGCUUUUGAAGAUACUGAAAAGGUUAGAGAAUUCUUGGAUUACAUCAUUGGGCAUGGUGGAGAAGUUUUGCUUGUUAUGAACAAUAAACAGUGAUUUUUCUUUUCAUGAGUUCAAAGUAUCUGAUUGGGUGUCCAAGUGACUGUAUAUUAAACUCUGCUUGUAAAGUUUUGAUUUACAAUCAGCUUAUAGAAGAGGAAAAAGUUUCAGUUUUUUGGUUUGUUCCCAUGCCCUGUAUAUGUAUUCUGUUUCACUGCUAUGUGUGGGGUGGUGAGGGUGCUGCUAAAUGAUUUCUGUAAUUACACAUUUGGUAUUGGAGGGGCUUCUUAGUCAAUCAUGAAGCAUUGGGUUUUUAAGUGUAUCUUUUUCCUGAGGUGAAACUUUAUUAGGUAGGGCACCAUUCUAUUAGUAAACAUUUGGAUGCUGAUUUAAAAAGCUCUGCUUUUGAUGUCAUAUGAGUGUGGAUCGUGUGCUUGGACAUAAUGACAAGAUAUAUUUUGUUUAUAUAUUUGGACUAUGUGAUCAAGCAA